AAUUGUACUAGAGCCUCAGCUAAGCCAAAAAUUUAUUUGGCUCAAGCUCGGCUCGUCAGGAUUUUGGCAGGAUUGAACUGGAGGAGUGCAAUUACCGUGAUUGAUGUUCAUGUGUUUUGUGUUGGUUCCCGAUUUUUGUUGAGUUCGGACGGUGAGGUGUCGGUGUUUUGGGUUAGGGCUAGCGCUAGGGUUUUUCAAUCGAUGGAACUAUUUUAAUUUUCUUCGGGACGGUUAGGUCUGGUUGAAUAAGAAAUUUCUUAGAUUUGUGUGCCUUUGGCCGUUGAACUAAGGGCUUGUUUGCUGCUGGAUAUUGAGGAUUUUUCAUCAUGAAGAUUUGAUCUCGAUGGAGGCAAAGUUUAGUGAAUUGGGACUUCCAGUUCGGUAACCUCGGAGAAGAAAAGCUUUGGGACAUUCUGUUGGACGAGGAAGUCUUUUGGAGAACUGCAUUCACUCUGAGGAUCUCUAAUACAGCAGAUUUGAAACCGCUUACUGCAUCUGGCUCGUGAGGAAAGAGGUAUCUUGUUUGCAGUAGUCUUGUUGGAAGCAGAUGAUCAUCUAUGAGCAAGACCCUGAUGUUGUCCCCUGGGGCCUCCAUCUCCUAGAUGUUUGUCAAAUAUCAACUGGUAGUUCUCCUUGUAGUACAAUUCAUUUUGAGAAGGAUUUAUCUCAACUUGAGUAUGUCCAAGAAGGUUAUUGUGAGACAAAAUGCAAUGAAGUGGAGAAUGAUGAGAUAAUUGCAUGUGCCUUUCAAGAAGAACUAUCACGCCUUGCAGCUGCUGAAUUAUCUGGAUCUUCACAGGAAGAGCAUUUGCAAGCAUGCAUUCUUGCUCAGGAUUGGAAGAGUCGUUCUUAUGGAGAUUGUAAUUUUGGUACUGGAGAAAAACCCGAGCUUGGGAAAAGUCUGGAGGGAGCAUAUGAAUGGGGGAAAUCUACUUCGUUUUCUAGUGCAGAAGAAAACUCACUUGGUCCACAGGAUUGUUCACCAGAGAUGGCAGACGAGUCUACUCUUGAUGGUGAAGUAGGCAAGAGGUUGAAUCAGAUGAUUCCUGUUCCUCAUAUUCCUAAAAUUAAUGGAGAGAUGCCCUCAGCUGAUGAGGAGACAUCAGAUCAUCAGAGACUGCUUGACAGGUUGCAAGUGUAUGACUUGGUCGAGCUAAAGGUUAAAGGAGAUGGAAACUGCCAAUUCCGUGCUUUAUCAGAUCAAAUAUAUCGCAGUGCUGAGCACCACCAAUUUGUAAGACAAGAAGUUGUUGAUCAGCUCAGAUUGCACCCGGAAUUAUAUGAGGGUUACGUGCCAAUGGCUUAUGGUGAUUAUUUGAAGCAUAUUAGCAGGAUUGGUGAAUGGGGCGAUCAUGUCACAUUGCAGGCUGCUGCAGAUGCGUAUGGUGUCAAGAUAUUCAUCAUAACUUCAUUCAAGGAUACUUGUUACGUCGAGAUUCUUCCUCAUGUGCAGAAGUCCAAAAGAAUUAUAUUUUUGAGCUUCUGGGCAGAGGUGCAUUAUAACUCCAUUUAUCCAGAAGGAGGAGUGAGCAUUUCAGCUUCAACGGAAGGCUUCUCUUCUUCUUCAAUUUUCAUCAACAAGGCAAAUUCCUCUUACAUUUUUUUUUAUAUUGUGCAAGUUUCCCUUCUUUCAGUUGGAAUGUCAAAAUAUGUCUUUGCUUUUCACAUUUUUGUUGUUAAAACUAUUUUUGUAUUGGUUGUGUGAUUAUCUUUCCUUUUCCCUCAAAUUUUGUGGUUUGUCUAAAGUUCUUGUCAGGUCUUAUUGUUGGUCUUAUUGGACUUAUUCAUCUCAUAUUUUCUUCAAAGAAUGACAACUUGGAGUUAAAAAAACCAUUCAGAGAUGGGGUGUGUGUUGUUACUCGUAUUUCUCAUUUCUAGGUUUUUCAAAGUUGACUUCGUAAGAGUAUGAGUCGACUGUUUUGUGUAAAAGUUGACUAUGUAUGUUAAACUCUCGGUUGAGUCGACUAAGUUGAUGUAGAAGUCGAUUUUUCCUUUCAAAAGUUGACUUUCCAAUUUAAAAAAUCGACUUUCCAUUUCAGACUACGCACUUUGUACUCUUUAGACCAUAACUUUUUGUACCGAUAUCAGAAUUAAGAUCCAUUUUUUUUUAUUGCAACCCUAACUCGAUAAGUUUUGAUUUGGUAUGGGAUUUGAACCAUUUGGACAACUAUUGAACCUGUGGGUUUCCUUUCAAAUGUAUGCUUGAUUCGUAACUUUCUCCUUCAUUAAAAUUCGUUCAAUUUUAAAUUCUGAAAACAAAUGUUUCCACCUUGACUCGGUUAUCAAUAUUAUCAAAUAAUUGCACUUAAUUGAUGUGGUAGAACCUAUUUAAAUGUUGAAUUGUGUAAAAUAGCCAAGAACCUUAAUGGGCAAAAAUUGAGUAAAAAUUGAGUAUGUGUUAAUAUUACUUGUUAUAACUUUGCUCGUAGUUGUGUUGUAUUGUAUUGUGUUACUAUAUUGCUUCGCAUUAUGAUGUUGGGUCAUGAGUUACAUUCAUUGAGGGAUCAUGCUUUGUAUAUGUUGGGAGCGUGAGCAUUAGUAUGACACGAUUGGCCUGUGAGUGCUGACUUGUGUAUGUUAGGCGAGCAUAUGCAUUAGAGUAUUUGUGUGUGUAAAUUUUUACGUGGGCGUAGCAUAGCCUGAUACUUGGUUUAUGGGGGUUUUAUCAUCACGUUAAUGCUACAAGAGCUAUUGUAUUCCUUAUAUGCUACAUUGCAUGGUGGUAAUGGUGGUAAAAAUUAAUUUGUGAUUGUGAUGCGUAAGUCUGUUGAUAGAGGCCCACAACAGCUAGAUCAUGUGUUGCAUAAGACAGUGGGUGGAGGCCCAUAGUAGCUAGAUCUUGUGAUGCAUAAAACUGGAGAUUUGAGUCCUACAGUAGCUUGUGCUCGUGAUGAGUUUGUGAGUGUUUUGGCACAUGAUGAUGAUGGUAAUGGAUGUGAUAUGAGAGACUUGGGUUCAAGUUAUUGUUUUGGUAGCAUACUCUUGGCUGCUGACAGGUUUGUAUACCGGUUCUUGGUACCAAUGUCUGCAUUUUAUGUGGACCCAAAAGACCCUAUGUGUGUAUCUAUGCAUUUAUGUUAUGGCUGAGUGUCGUGUUAUAUUACCACAUAGUAUGGAUUGUGUGUCGUUUAUGUAUAUGAAACUGGCGUGUGUUUCCAUAUACGACAUGAUAUGCAUGAUGUUCAGAAGAAUCCGAUCAUAUCUAUUUUUCGUUGUUUUUAUACAUUUUGUUGAGUCUUAUGGCUCACUUUAAAAAUGUAUUUUGAUAAAAUGUAAGAAAUUAUAUUUCUUUGAGAAUGUUGUUGUCAAGUAUAGAAGGCAUGAAUUCAAUUGAUAUCUAGAUGUCGGAUAAUGAUUUUUCUUUUACUCUAAGUUGUUCAUGCAUUCAUAUAUCGAUCUAUUGAUGUUUUCCUUUGCUAUGUAUUUGUAGCAUUGUGGCUCA